AUGACGUCCCAAAUUUUUAGUGAAGCUCUUCCGAUGGGAGCUCCUUUAAACGAGAUGCUUAAAUCGGCUAUCCCUAGGCAUAUCUUGGACGUCGUCUCCGCCGCGUCUCUCGGUGCGUUGGGUAUUGCCUACCUGUUCCCAAGAUAUACAUGGAACAAACCCGACCCGUAUGAGUAUAUCUAUUACGAAAAACCCCAAAGCGGCGAGCACGCAGGAGGCGCAAACAAGGUCACUCGCAAUAUUGCCAAGUAUCUUGAAGAAACUGAGAAAGACGUCGUCAUCUUCUGGGGCUCUCAGUCAGGCACGGCAGAAGCCUUUUCUGGGAGACUAGCCCGUGAGUUGCAGAAGCUCUACGCACUCGGCUGCAUCGCCGCCGACCUGUCAGAUUUUGACCCCGAAUCCAUCGCCGACAUCCCCCAGAACCGCGUCGCGAUCUUCCUCCUCUCCACAUACGGCGAGGGAGACCCCAGUGACAACGCCGCUCAGUUCUGGAACUGGUGCCUCAAGAACAACCAGGCGCCACUCUUGUCGCUGCGCUACGCCGCCUUUGGGCUGGGCAACAGCAACUACCGCUUUUACAAUGAGGUUGUUAACCGAGUUGUGGCGGCUCUGCAGGUCUUCGGCGCCCAGCCCCUGAUGGAGACGGGAUACGCAGAUGAUGCCCACGGCAGCACCGAGGAGGAUUUCACCGGGUGGAAGGACAAACUAUUCAACUGCCUGCAGGAGAGACUUGGACUCACAAAGCGCGAGGUCGGCUAUGAAGCCACCAUUGCCGCCGUCUUUGAUGAGUCGCUGGACAUUGUCGACCUCCACGUAGGGGAGCCUCAGGAAAACACUCCCACCAGCAAGGGCCUUCUCUCCCCCACACGAGCUGUCCAGGUCAAGAGUUGUGAGCAGCUAUUUCUUUCUGGCAGCCGAAACUGCCUGCACAUGGACCUGGACCUCGUGGCUCAUCCAGAGCUAGUCUACAAGACUGGCGAUCACCUGGGCAUCUCCCCCAUUAACCCCGAGCAAGAGGUCCAUGGCAUGCUCCGUGCCCUGGGCAGGGAGGCACAGGCCAAGACGCCUCUAAUCAUCAACGCUCUCGAGAGCGGCACCAAGGUGGCCCUCCCCUCUCCCACCACCCUUCAUGCCCUCCUCAAAUACUACUUGGAGAUCUGCUCCGCGGUUCCCCGCGAGACAGUGCGCGCUCUUAUCGAGUUCGCCCCGACGCCAGAGGCCAAGAAGUUCCUUACCGAGCUCAGUGACGACCACGAAACCUUUGCCAAGUUCCAGGAGACGAUCCACCUCACAUUUUCCAAGUUGCUGGUCCUGGCUACCGGAGGCGGCAAGGCCACUUGGUCUAGCCUACCUUUGGAGUUUAUUCUCGAGACCAUUCCACGCUGUCGCGUCCGUUACUACUCCAUCGCUUCGUCCAGCGUCCUGUCCCCCAGGACCGCCUCCAUCACUGCCCUAGUUAACAACACCGUCCUAUCGGAAACGGAAUCUAUCCCAGGUGUCACUACCAACUACCUCCUCGCCAUUUCCCAGUCCGUGGGCAAGGACGCUCUCCAAGGCUCUCGCAGGGCCAACUUGGACUUUGACGUUUCUGGGCCCUCUGGCGCUCUCGAGGGUGCCAAGAUUUUUGCCCAUCUCCGUCGCUCGACUUUUAAACUGCCCAUUUCGGUCCAGACACCCUUCAUCAUGGCCGCCGCCGGUACCGGCAUCGCCCCAUUCCGCGCUUUCAUCAGUGAGCGCAGUCGCCUACAGUCAAUGGGCCGGGACGUCGGCCACAUGAUGCUAUUCUUUGGCUGCCGCAGUCCAGAGGAGGACUACAUCUACCGCGAGGAGCUCGAGGAGAUGGAGCGGUCGCUCAGGGGUAAGCUGCGCAUCAUUCCCGUGUACUCGCGCGCCCGAGAUACACCCAGGGCCUACGUCCAGGACAAGAUCCGGGAGCUGACGACUGACGUACUCGGCUUGCUCGAGCAGGAUGCCGUGUUCUACAUUUGUGGAAAGACGACCAUGGCCAAGGACAUUAGCAAGGUUGUCGCGGACUUGUUGGAGGAGGGACAAGGUGCCGGCAAGGGCGACGAGUUGAUUAGGAAGAUGAAGAAGACCAACAAAUGGCAAGAAGAUACAUGGGGUUGA